ACUUUGUAAGGUGUGCUUAUUUCUACGCUCCAUACCGCUCACAGCCACCAGGGGGCAUCUGGGGAUUGCUACGGUAUGCUAUGAUAUAUGAUAUGAUAUAAAGUAGUUUGGUUGGAACGGCGUGCUAGCUAACAUGGAAUGCGGAGCGUGAGGGUCUUUGAUGGAGGCCAAAGGUCAAUCAAGGUGUCUCGUCCGGUUCCUUCAGCUCAGUUAGCAAAAGCGCGUCACCAACACAGCCUCGGUGUGCACUGACGAUGACGUCACACGGGCGUCCCUCAGGGAUCAAUCCCAGGAACACUAAAGCUCUUUCUCUUCUUUCUUUUUAUUCUCUCCAUCCUCUCUCAUGCUCCGUCCUUCAUCUCCGUCCUGGUCCUGCGUCCUUUCUCCUCUUUGCACGUUGAUGCACCAUCCUCACGUUGAUGCUGUGUACUUCGUCAUUCAUCGUCUCAUGAAGGUGUUGCUUCUGUGGGACACCGUGGUCGUGUCACAUCAUGUCAUGGAUGUCCAAAGUGCCACCUGCGGGACAUUUACCCACCGCAGGGGCCACCAAAGACAUGGGCAAGAUGCUGGGUGGCGAGGAGGAGAAGGACCCGGAUGCAGCCAAGAAGGAGGAGGAGCGUCAGGAGGCGCUCAGGCAGCAGGAGGAGGAAAGAAAGGCCAAACACGCCCGCAUGGAGGCUGAGAGGGAAAAGGUCCGACAGACCAUCCGCGACAAGUACGGCCUGAAGAAGAAGGAGGAGAAGGAGGCGGAGGAGAAGGCGGCCAUGGAGCAGGCGUGCGAAGGCUCGCUGACUCGGCCCAAGAAGGCCAUCCCGCGAGGCUGCGGGGACGAUGACGAGGAAGACGAGGAGAGCAUCCUGGACACGGUGCUCAAGUUCCUGCCCGGCCCCCUGCAGGACAUGUUCAAGAAGUAGACCGGCUGGGGGGGGUGGGGGACAUCUUCACUUAAGUGAGCUUAUGGAAGAAGAUGGGGGCGGGGUCGGGGGAGGGUAUUUGGGGGGUCUUGCCAAACUGUUGGAGGCUUCACACUGCCUUUCCUGCUCAUGUUUUCUUUUCUUUUUUACUCCACACAUUUAAUGCAACAUUUUAUUCAUUCAACAUUUUAUUUCUACCUUCUGAUUGGCUGCCAUUGUCUGUUGCUAGGCAGAGACUGUCACCUGUUGCUCGGCGGAGAAAACCACUAGUAUUGAAAGUGUCUUUGCUGUUUUUCACAUGGACAAGGAACAUGUUGACUUUUUAGGAGGCAUGUCUUUGUCUGAGUUGGACUGGAACGGAAAGACAUGUUAGCGUGUUUGGCUAGCAGCUAGGAACUGAAAGACGUAUUAGCAUGUUUGGCUAGCCACCAGGAACGGAAAGACGUGUUAGCGUGUUUGGCUAGCCACAAGGAAUGGAAAGACGUGUUAGCGUGUUUGGCCUGCAAGGAAUGGAAAGACGUGUUAGCGUGUUUGGCUAGCCACCAGGAAUGGAAAGACAUGUUAGCGUGUUUGGCUAGCCACCAGGAACGGAAACACGUGUUAGCAUGUUUGGCUAGCCACCAGGAACGGAAAGACGUGUUAGCGUGUUUGGCUAGCCACCAGGAACGGAAAGACGUGUUAGCGUGUUUGGCCUGCAAGGAAUGGAAAGACGUGUUAGCGUGUUUGGCUAGCCACCAGGAAUGGAAAGACAUGUUAGCGUGUUUGGCUAGCAGCUAGGAACUGAAAGACAUGUUAGCAUGUUUGGCUAGCAGCUAGGAACUGAAAGACAUGUUAGCAUGUUUGGCUAGCCACCAGGAACAGAAAGACGUGUUAGCGUGUUUGGCUAGCCACCAGGAAUGGAAAGACAUGUUAGCGUGUUUGGCUAGCCACCAGGAACGGAAACACAUGUUAGCAUGUUUGGCUAGCCGCUAGGAACAGAAAGAUGUGUUAGCGUGUUUGGCCUGCAAGGAAUGGAAAGACAUGUUAGCGUGUUUGGCUACCUGCUAGGCCCAGAUGCUAGACAGGAAGCAGUGAUGCUGCCAAGUUGAGAAAGAUGACAAAGGUGAUGAAGGUGCAUAUUUGUGGUCACAGUGCGUAGCUUGCAUGCUCCCUUUAGACAAUCACUUGGACACAUGGGGCGGGGUGCGAGGUGGGUGGUUUGGGGGGGGGGGGAUUAGCGGUGUUAAACAUGGAUGCGGUCGUCCUCAACCGCCAUCUCUGAAUGCGUUCUUAAGGUCAUCAGCGGCGAGACCAAAGACACUUUAAUUUCAUCCAACAAAGCUGGCGACCGAUCAUGAAGUAGUUGUUCACGUAGUCGUUAGGCAGACUAGACGUAGAGCACGAAGCCAUACUAUUUACACUUUUGCAAUAAUUGUUUUUGUUUGUCUCUGAUGAGUGUGUCUUCUUGUCCAAACGUGUCUUCUGAAUACUUUCACACAUUCCAAAAGUCCACCAAACGUCCUCCGCCUGUCCUCACAUUGACUGACAGGACCGUCAAGUAGCACUUGGCUGUUUCUUUCUCUUUGGUCCUCACAAGCCACGACUUUGUUGAAGACAGCGUUAAAGACGUUAGCUUCUCAUGCUCAUUCCUGCCUCAGCUAUGACUCGUCAAAGUUGAUCGUGGAAGCUGCUUUUCACUUUCACUUUCUUCUUUUCCUGCUUUGCUGUGUCUCAAAUGGAAUACUUCCAUCAGUGCUUCUUCUCUCCUUUUUAAUGGUGCUUUGCAACCACUGGAUGGGGCGUUAUCGCCAACAUUUGGAUCACCCCAGUAAAAUAUCGACCACUUCUCCACAGCAUAAUCAUUUGUGAUUCAUUGUCUGUUUGCUAGCCCCUUCCGCUACGUAGCCAAGAUGGCGACUGUUGAGGGCGGCGAGCGUCCCAUCAGUACGCACUCGCCACUUAGAGCGUUUUUAGUACACUUAUGGGUGCUGCCUUUUACAAGUAUAAGUGUGCCACGUGUAAGUACGCAAGUGCACCAAUUGAGACACAGCACUUGUUUUGUGUUCCAAAGGUCACAUGCUCGUUGGCGUGUCCUCCUAUUGGCUAGUGAGGUGUGUGCGGGUUGUGUAGAGGCGCCGUGUGACACUUGCCUUGAAAAAGGGCUAAUUAUUGUCUUUAUAGUUGAUUUAUUGUCUUUAUUGUUGAUUGAUUGUUGAUUUAUUGUGUCUUUUGUCCACUCGUCACGUCUGUGCUGGACGACGUCGCAAACAUUCCAACAUAAAUAUUUUUAAAACAUUUAGGAAAAAGCAACUGCCAAACUUCAUGUGAUGACAUCAUCAGUGUGCCCUGGACAGUGGGGGUCAAAGUUCACACUCUGGUGAUCAUUUGUGUUGUCAAGUCAAAGAUGAAAGUGAAAGUAAGGGAUUUGUCCUCGAGCACGGGUGUCCAAAGUGUGACCCAGGCACCAUUUUGCAGCUGGAGCUUGACGGAGGCUCGGUGUCGUGUCCCCAUACCGUCACAAGGACGCCGAGGCUCUUUUGUGACCUCAGUCCGACCCCAACACAUCGUCAGCAGUGUACGUAUCCCCAACUCACAAAACUCAAUAUUAACGUUGUUUUGACAACCCACUCCGAACACGGUGAAGCAAAGCAUCGCCUCAAGCGUGUGUUGCGUGUUGACUGUUGCGGCGGCAGCAGUGUUGCUCGUGGCGCUUAAAGGGCUACGUCGGUUUUCAUUACAGGGAAAAAACCUGAUACCGAUAUUGACCAACAUUACAUUUUUAUGCCAAUAUCGGUGGGCCGAUAUUAUCGAUAUUAUCGAACAUCCCUAAUAAAUGUAUGUAUGUAUGUGUGUGUAUGUAUAUAUAUAUAUAUAUAUAUAUAUAUACACACACACACACACACCUGUAUAUAUACAUGACAUAUACAGCCCUAAAAAGAGUGUGUAUUUUUUCCAAGAUGGCAAAUAUGAAAGUGACUUUUGGGUGUAAAACUUUGGACACUCGUGUUGCAGGGCGUCCUCCAGUGAGAGGACGCGCUAGAAGACAAAGGUGAGUGCGGGAGGCUGUGUUGCAUGUCAGGCUGUCUAACUCGCCCAAUCAAACAUUAAAGAUUGUUUCUAAAAAGGUUCCCGCGUGUCU